UCACCCCCAAUCCCAUCACUUUCUCUCUCCCCUCUCUUUCUCUCUCUCUCUGCAAAUCGGAAGCGAUGCACGAACCGGACCUCCAGGACCUCGCCGACGACGCCGAUUACGCGGCGUCGCAGCAACACGGCUCGGCGAGCAUGAUGCGAAGCGACAGCGGCAAGCACAGCUCGUCGAGCGAGCACGACGGCGGUGAGGUCGUGUAUGUGAAGGACAAUGUGACCAUCCACCCCUCUAUGCUCGCCUCCGAGAGGAUUAGUGGACGAUUAAGGCUAAAUAAGCAAGGCUCUUCGCUUUUCAUGACGUGGAUUCCUUACAAGGGGCAAAACUCGAACGCUAGGGUUUCUGAGAAAGAUAGGAUUCUGUAUACUAUCAGGGAGGUGCCGCUGACGGAGGUUCGGUCCAUUCGGCGCCACACUCCUGCACUGGGAUGGCAGUACAUUAUCGUCGUUUUGGCAACUGGACUUGCAUAUCCCCCUCUGUACUUCUACAAUGGAGGAGUCAAGGAGUUCCUUGCUACAAUAAAGCAACAUGUGUUCAUUGUGAGGUCGGCUGAGGAUGCUAAUGUAUUUCUUGUGAAUGAUUUCCAAAAUCCUCUGCAGAAAACUCUAUCAUCUUUGGAGAUACCGAGGGCACUUUCUGUUGGAAGUGAGCCAUCUACAUCUUUCUUGGUUGGCGAGACUUCUCUAGGAGAAAACCAGGAGAAAACAAGCGAGGAUAUUCAAAAUGAUAAUACAAUCGCUCAAUAUAAUGAGAGGCAAAAGCGGAAGAAUCAUGAUCCUGCACGAGAUAUCUCAAUUCAAGUGUUGGAAAAAUUCUCUCUUGUGACAAAAUUUGCGCGAGAUACAACUUCACAACUCUUCCGUGAUAGCCAUAGUAACGGAUAUGGUGGUAUGCAAAGGAGAAGCAGUAGCCUGUCUGCCAUUGAUUACUCCUCUCAAAAGGCAUCUGAUGAUUUAAAAAAAGUCUCCGAGAGAAGUCCAGUCCCCAAAGAUCCACUGGAGUUUGACAAGAAUUCACUGGUAUGGGGCAAACCACGACAGCCACCUUUGGAGUCUGAUGAGUGGCACACCUUCUUGGAUUCUGAAGGGCGGAUCAUGGAUUCAGAAGCUUUAAGAAAGAGAAUAUUUUAUGGGGGAGUUGAGCACAAAUUACGGAAAGAGGUUUGGCCAUUCUUGCUGGAAUACCAUGCAUAUGAUUCAACAUACGCAGAGAGGGAGUAUCUGAAGGCAAUGAAGAAAGCAGAGUUUGAGACAGUAAAGAAGCAGUGGCAGAGCAUCUCCCCAGAGCAGGCAAGAAGGUUUACAAAAUUCAGGGAGAGGAAAGGCCUUAUUGACAAAGAUGUGGUGAGGACCGACAGAUCUCUCUCCUACUAUGAUGGGGAUGAUAAUCCAAAUGUGAAUCUUUUGCAUGAUAUAUUGUUAACAUACUCAUUUUACAACUUCGAUCUUGGCUAUUGUCAGGGCAUGAGUGAUCUUCUGUCCCCACUAUUGUUUGUACUGGAGGAUGAGUCGGAAUCAUUUUGGUGUUUUGUAAAACUGAUGGAGCGCCUUGGGCCCAAUUUUAAUCGUGACCAGAAUGGCAUGCACUCUCAACUUUUUGCUAUAACUAAGUUGGUGGAGAUGUUAGACAGCCCCUUGCACAAUUACUUUACACAGCGUGACUGCUUGAAUUACUUCUUUUGUUUCCGCUGGGUUCUGAUACAGUUUAAAAGGGAAUUUGAAUUCGACAAGACAUUGAGACUAUGGGAGGUACUGUGGACACAUUAUCCAUCUGAGCACCUGCACCUGUAUGUGUGUGUUGCGAUACUCAAGCGAUACCGUAGUAAGAUAAUUGGGGAGCAGAUGGACUUCGACACUCUACUGAAGUUCAUUAAUGAACUGAGUGGUCAUAUAAAUCUUGAUGCCGUUGUGAGGGAUGCAGAAGCUCUGUGCAUAUGUGCUGGUGAGAAUGGGGAUGCUUGCAUUCCACCUGGAACUCCACCCUCACUACCUGCGGAUGAUGGUCUGUUGUACCCUCAACAAGAACUAGAUGAGGUGUUGUAAAUGUCUGUACUCAGCGAAGAAUUCACCCAUCUUUUAAACUCUCUAGAGAAAUACAUUAUCUGGCAUCACAUAACCUGGUCAAGACAGUUAGCUUGUGUAUCAGCACCCAUGAUUCAAACUUGCGAUAUGUUCACUUUAUGAUAACAAUCAUCUACUGGUGUCAAUAUAUAUAUA